AUGGCUGCCCACGAAGCCCGGCGCGCACGGUACAUGCAGGUCGGUCUGGGCGACCACGACAGUGAGCGCUUCAAGAAAGCGGAGAUCCGCCCCAUGUUCAUCGGCGCGGAGAAACAGUUCAGAUACUUUGGGACGUAUGAGUGGUUAGCUCUCCCGGAGAAGUCGCAGCAUGUGUACACGGCGACGACUCGGAGAAAGAUCAAAGACAAGGAAGGAGUUGAGAUAUCCUCCAGGACUACGCUCCGGCCGCUGCGCGCGCCCUGCGUGCUCCUGAAGUGCAUCGGCUUCAACGUGGAGUUCUACAGGGAGUUCUGA